CACUGGGCAUGCUCAGAGGCCGCCCGACGCAGGGCUUCCCCGAGCGCCACUGACACGCGCCGCACUCCCAGUCAGGGCGUCCGCCCCGGCUCCCCGAGAACUGUUCCUUUCCGGGACCCCAGAGUCCCCAACUUCCCGCCAAGUUCGGAGCCACCUUGGGGGGAAACAUGCAAAUGAUGACCAGGAACGUUCUGCUAGACCUGGAAGAGGAGGAGGACGACGAGGAGGAUGGGGAUAUCGUGUUGGAAAACUUGGAGCAGACAAUUGUCUCUAAUUGCGGAUCACUGGAAAAUCAACAGGAUUUCCGAGCCCCAGAGUUUGAAGAAUUUAAUGGAAAACCCGACUCCCUCUUUUUUAAUGAUGGCCAGCGAAGAAUUGACUUUGUUCUAGUGUAUGAAGAUGAAAAGAGAAAGGAGACCAAUAAAAAGGGUACAAAUGAAAAACAACGGAGAAAAAGACAAGCAUAUGAAUCUAACCUCAUCUGCAAAGGCCUGGAGCUAGAAGCAACAAGAUCAGUUUUGGAUGACAAUCUUGUAUUUGUAAAAGUACAUGCGCCGUGGGAAGUGUUAUGUACAUAUGCUGAGCUAAUGCACAUCAAAUUGCCUCUGAAACCCAAUGAUCUGAAAACCCGGUCCUCAGCCUUCCACCACCUCAACUGGUUCACUAAAGUCCUCAGUGUGGAUGAAAAUAUGAUCAAGCCAGAGCAAGAGUUUUUCACUGCACCUUUUGAAAAGAACCGCAUGAAUGAUUUUUACAUUGUUGAUAGAGAUUCGUUCUUCAAUCCAGCCACCAGAAGCCGCAUUGUUUACUUCAUCCUCUCUCGGGUCACGUAUCAAGUGAUAAACAACGUUAGCAAGUUUGGGAUUAACAGACUUGUAAGUUCUGGAAUCUACAAGGCAGCAUUCCCUCUCCAUGAUUGCAAAUUUGGCCAACCAUCAGAAGAUCCCAGCUGCCCUAAUGAACGAUUCCUUCUGUAUCGGGAGUGGGCUCAUCCUCGGAGCAUAUACAAGAAGCAGCCCUUGGAUCUUAUCAGGAAAUAUUAUGGAGAGAAGAUUGGAAUCUAUUUUGCUUGGCUGGGCUAUUACACUCAGAUGCUCCUCUUGGCAGCAGUCGUGGGGAUGGCCUGCUUUCUCUACGGAUAUCUUAAUCAGGAUAAUUGUACAUGGAGCAAAGAAGUUUGUGAUCCGGAUAUUGGUGGCAAUAUCAUAAUGUGUCCUCAGUGUGAUAAGCUUUGUCCAUUUUGGAAGCUCAAUAUUACUUGCGAGUCCUCAAAGAAAUUGUGCAUCUUUGACAGUUUUGGAACCCUAGUCUUUGCAGUAUUUAUGGGAAUAUGGGUUACGUUGUUUCUGGAGUUCUGGAAGCGGCGCCAGGCAGAACUUGAGUAUGAGUGGGACACGGUUGAGUUACAGCAGGAAGAACAAGCCCGACCAGAGUACGAAGCCCAGUGUAAUCACGUGGUGAUCAAUGAGAUUACUCAGGAAGAAGAGCGCAUCCCCUUCACUGCCUGUGGAAAAUGUAUACGGAUAACCCUCUGUGCCAGUGCUGUCCUCUUCUGGAUCCUGUUGAUCAUCGCUUCAGUUAUCGGGAUCAUUGUCUAUAGGCUCUCGGUGUUCAUUGUGUUUUCUACAACCCUUCCCAAAAACUUCAGUGGGACAGACCCCUUCCAGAAGUAUCUGACUCCACAGAUGGCCACAUCCAUCACCGCUUCCAUCAUUAGCUUCAUCAUUAUCAUGAUUCUGAACACCAUCUAUGAAAAAGUGGCGAUCAUGAUCACUAACUUUGAACUCCCAAGGACCCAGACUGAUUAUGAGAACAGCCUAACCAUGAAGAUGUUCUUAUUCCAGUUUGUCAACUACUACUCAUCCUGCUUCUACAUAGCAUUUUUUAAGGGCAAAUUUGUAGGCUAUCCAGGAGACCCAGUAUAUUGGCUGGGGAAAUACAGAAAUGAAGAGUGUGACCCAGGUGGCUGCCUCCUUGAACUGACGACUCAGUUGACAAUAAUCAUGGGAGGAAAAGCAAUCUGGAAUAACAUACAAGAAGUAUUACUUCCCUGGGUCAUGAAUCUAAUUGGACGGUUUCGCAGAGUUUCCGGAUCAGAGAACAUAAGCCCACGCUGGGAACAGGAUUACCAUCUGCAGCCCAUGGGCAAACUGGGAUUAUUUUAUGAGUAUCUUGAAAUGAUUGUUCAGUUUGGGUUCGUCACCUUAUUUGUGGCCUCUUUUCCACUGGCUCCCUUGUUGGCUCUGGUGAACAAUAUAUUGGAAAUAAGAGUGGACGCAUGGAAACUGACUACCCAGUUUAGACGCAUGGUGCCAGAAAAAGCCCAAGACAUCGGCGCAUGGCAGCCCAUCAUGCAAGGAAUAGCAGUUCUGGCUGUGGUGACCAAUGCCAUGAUCAUUGCCUUCACAUCAGACAUGAUUCCCCGUCUGGUAUAUUACUGGUCCUUCUCCAUCCCUCCCUAUGGAGACCAUGCUGACUACACUAUGGAGGGCUACAUCAACAAUACUCUCUCUAUCUUCAACAUCUCGGACUUCAAAGACAAAAGCAAGCCAGAGUCAUACUCUGGGCUUGGUAACUAUACCACAUGCAGAUAUCGUGAUUUCCGAAAUCCACCUGGACACCCACAAGAAUAUAAACACAACAUCUACUACUGGCAUGUAGUUGCUGCCAAGCUGGCUUUUGUCAUUGUCAUGGAGCAUGUCAUCUACUCUGUGAAAUUUUUCAUUUCCUAUGCAAUUCCAGAUGUAUCAAAAAGCACGAAGAGCAAAAUCAAGAGAGAAAAAUACUUAACCCAGAAGCUGCUUCAUGAGAGUCACAUAACAAAAAACAUGGGCAUUAUAAUUCAGAAGAUGGCAGAAGUGGUGGAUAACAACUUGCGACCAAAAUCAGAAUAAGAGCUUUAUGUUCUGAGAAGUGCUUUAAAGAAUUUAGUUCUGGGGCCAGGGAUUUAGCUCAGUGGUUUCGCUGCCUGCUGCGCAAGCGCAAGGACCCAAGUUCGAUCCCCGGUACCAAAAAAAAAAGAAUUUAGUUCUGUCAAAAUGUAAUGAAUCGCUAAUGAGAAUGUUUAAGUUAAAUCAGUCUGGCAAAUAUGAGUCUUAACUGUUGCCAUUUUCAUACAUUUUUCAGUUUCAGCCAGUGAUGCAAGAACUGCCAAAUGUAAAAGUCAGAUCAAGAAGGGCAUAAAACUUCUCACCUGGAAAGCCUAAUGUUACCUUUUUUGAUAAAUUGGAAUUCUAGUAACACAGAGAAAGUCUUUUUAUGGUGCUUAAAAGCCACCCCUUGUAAAGCAGAACAGAUUUUUCUCUUUGAUUACUUUUAUUCCUUUCUGUUCUCAAACAUGGUCUCCUUUAUUUUUAGGUAAUGUUUCAUUUCUUCACCUCACCAAAUCUGUUCCAGAGUUGACUUUUCUUUUCAGUACCAUCGUUAAAGAUGAGAUGUGCUUCCACCUUAAUAGCUUUUGUGUGAUUAAAAAAUAGCUCAGUGGCAAAGAGAUUCAAGAAUUCACAAUAUUUAGGUGUAUUAUCAUAUCUGCACAGAAAGGAAGCCCUAAUUUAAUAAGAAAUAGAUUCAGUCUUCAUUCUAGCCUCUUUCUAUCUCAAAGAAAUACUCUUAAUUGGAAUGAAGAUAGCAGAGUCUUGAAGCAUGUUUGUAUUAAUCCACAGUGACACCUUUUAUCUGCUAGGAGCAUUCCUAGAAUGUUCUGUGCCUAAUUAAUGUUGACUGCUUUGUAGAUCUCAAGGGAAUAAGAUGACAAAAGUAAGGAAAGUUACAGAAUUGUAACUCACAUUGAUCUGGAUAAUUAAUUUACCUCUUCUAAAGAUAUGUAGUUUCUUGGAGGAAAAAAAUGAUAACUGAAUGAUUAAAAUUACAUUUUUAUCAACGUAAUGGUCUAGAAAAGAUAAGCCCCUCAGUUUCCUACCAGUUGACUUUUCCUCUCUAAAUACAGGAGGUGCUUUAUUACAAAUCACCAAGCGCCUUAGUGAAUAGCUCACGAUGUAGCCCUUGUGGCAUGAUGAUACUGUGCAUGGUCAAGGAGAUAGCAAGUGUCCUAAUUGUGAGCCAGUCCUGUGAACCUUGUGUGGGGAGGAAUCCUGUAUGACUCUUUCUGUAUGCCAAAGCGAUAAAUAUACCAAAGCACCUGCCAUAUCAUGACUGUGGCUUCCUUGCACCAUCCAACCUCCUACACUGAGCCCAGUUACUUGUUGAUAAUUAUAUGCUUGUAGUAGAGAUGAGAGGACACCCACAUUGUUGCUCAUCAUGGAAGAAGACUGGACUAGACUUGAAUGUCCAGCCUCUUCUAAGGCUCAUCAGGUAGUUAAGGGUAACAGAGGAGGAUGGUCACAAACCCUGUCAUUUGGAGGUCACUUCCUGCUGACCUCCUGCACCACUGUGCAUAUCUUGCCCUCAGUUUACUCACCCUAGCAGCUUGCUGUGCUUUACCUCCUUAUAAGUGUCAGUUAACAGGGACGCACCUCUCCCCUUUGACCUGCACUAAGUGCUGGAUGGGGGAGGAGGCAGUUUGCAUCAUGUCCGUGGAUGGGCCCCGCUACCCUCUGGGAUGCUAUUAAAUCCUCGGGUGCCCCAGGAGCCAAUCUGUCCCAAACCUAACAGCAAAGUGAAACAUAUUUCAGUGACCAGACUCAAAAGGAUUGUGUAAUAAAGUAGCUUAACUCCAGAUCACAACUGGAGUUGUACCUGCCAUGAAUGUUUUCAACUCUUAAAAAAAGUGUGUAUGUGCCAUAUGCAUAAUGUGUAUAAUUCAUCAAAGCAGUAUUCUGGGCUUUUGAAUUGUCCCAGUGAAUCAGGGACAUUUCACUACCUUUCUUGAUAAUGUAUGUUAACAGUGUGGUCAGAGUGCCCAGGACAGGUCCCAUGAGGCCUACCUCACUGGGAAGGAAACAUAAGUGUUUUCCCACCAGAGAGAAUGGUGUUGUUUCCACCUGUCCUAGAGGGGCCGCCACUGUGCCCUUGCCCAGCCUCCGUGAGACAGCUCCCGAAAGUGUGUGUCAUUUCUUAUUACCUCUCCUCUUCUCAGAAGUGUGUAACUAUCUCCUAGUGUUAGAUUUGGCAAUUUCUCAAUGUCUUUACCUUAUCUCUUUGUAUAUAUGAUAGAUUUUAAAAGAAAUGUGCAUUUAUGUGUUCUUAGCCCCAGCUGAGAGAUUCCUCUUCAUAGUUUAAAAAGUGCUGCUGUGGACAGGAGUGAAAAAAAUUCCUCUACAUUUCAAAAAGCAGCAAAGUGACACCCGACACUGCCAACAUGCCCAAAGAGCUAAGUUGCCAUGGAGACCCAGGUAGCUCCUAUGAUGUCAGCAGUCUUCCUGUGAGUGGGAUGUAGAGUGGGGAACUAUGGGGAGUUCUGCCUGCAGACUAGAGGGCUGCAUCUGCAGGGAGGAGUGGAGGCGGCCACCUGCACACAAAAGCCAUGGGGCAUGGCAGUGGGCCUGAGAAGGAAGAUCUGGCCCUCAACCUGUCCAGUAUUAACCACUAGAGAAAUUUUAGCUUUCCAUGUGUAAUGCCUGUGAAUUUUAGUGGAUUGAAGCAUUAGACCAAAUACUCAGGGUUUUUUUUCUUUAAACAUCCCUCAGAUGUUUUAAAUAUUUCAUCAGAAAUGGAAAGCCAUCAUUUUUGUUGUAAAACUAAACUAGACAAUCUUAUAAAAUACUUGUCACCAAACUUUCCCCUUUUUAUUGCACAUAUAUCUUGAAUUUCAUAGAACAUUAAUUCACAAUAGGGGACAGAAAGUGAUCUGUUGGUGAAACAUAUCUUGUACUAUUUUCUUAUGUUCAUAUUAUAAUGUGUUUGAAAAGUUAAUGUAUGAGCAUAACUGAAAUAUUCAUCAUUUUUCAUACACUGUGGCCUAAGAUGUAAAAUUUGUAAUUAAUGUUUGUUAAUUUCUUUGCAUUUUAAUAUUCUUUUAUAAUUACGAGCAUUUUAAUAAAUUCAUUUUACCAAUAA